UUUAUUAUGAAUUUUAAAAAUAUAGAUAUGUAGAUAUUUAGAGUCAAAGUUCAACUUAAAAAAUCGUGAAGAGUCAAAAUGGGAAGAUGUUUGUGUUAUACUAAUAAUUAGAUGUGACUAGCAACUUUUUUUGGAUGACUUUGCUCAUGCCUCAUGCCUGACGUAGUCAACUUUGGUAAGACCACCACCUAUUUAUACUCUCGGCACAAAAUUACAGAGGAAAGAGCAUUACAAUUCAAUAGCUAUAUAUCGAAACUCAAUACUUCGUCCAAAUUAAUUAAGAAGCAAUGGAGCUAGUCUUCAUUCCCACACCUAUUAUGGGUCACAUAGUAUCAGCUGUAGAAAUGGCAAAGCGCUUAAUGAUCAACGGCGGCGGUAGCGAUAAGGUUAUUAUCAGAACCGUCACCGUUCUCAUAUUGCAGCAACGGUCUUUCGAUGCCGAAAUCAGCCAUUACAUCCAAUCCCAAACGACGACCACGGAUGACUCCAGCCAUCCGAGCUCAUUGAAGUUUGAGACGCUCACUUUUUCGCCGCCGGCCGGCAACGCCCCUGCAGCAGGGGUGCGGUCUGUCGACGACUUCAAACCCCAAGUCAGAGACUGGGUUUCCGGGAAAAACCCCCAAUCCUCGGGAAGGUUGACAUUCGUGGUUGACUUUUUCUGUACGGCCAUGGUCGACGUCGGGAAUGAUUUCGGCAUCCCAACUUACGUGUUCUUCACCUCCGGCGCGGCGGCGAUGGGGCUACUCAUUUUCUCUCUCCAGACCAUCAAAUCAUUAUUCGAUCAUCCUAAUAAUUCCACCCCAUUUUUAGAAAUCCCCAGUUACUUAAACCCAUUUCCGGCGAAGUGUCUGCCGCCGCCGCUACUCAAUAAGGACUCCUUCCAGACGUUCCUCGGCAUCUCCGAACGCAUCAGAGGGGCUAAAGGAGUGCUGGUCAACACGUUUCUUGAGCUUGAAUCACACGCGAUCAACGCCCUAAGUGAGGACUCACGCGCCCCGCCCAUCUACCCCAUCGGCCCGUUGCUAAACCUGGAAGCCGCGGCUGCCGGCGGCGAAAGAGGGCAGAUUUUGGAAUGGCUAGACACGUGGCAGGAAGAGGGGUCUGUCGUGUUCCUCUGCUUCGGGAGCAUGGCCCGUUUCACUGCUGAAGAUGAGGAGCAGGUGAAGGAGAUCGCUACGGCUCUGGAGCAGAGCGGGCAGAGGUUCUUGUGGGCCUUCCGGUCAGGAGAAGAUGACGGCGGUCAAGGAAGGCGGCUGCUGCCUGAUGGGUUCUUGGAGAGGACGGAAAAGGUGGGGAAGGUGGUCAACAGGUGGGCCCCUCAGGUCGCCAUACUGGCCCACCCGGCUGUGGGGGGCUUCAUCUCCCACUGCGGAUGGAAUUCCACUCUGGAGAGCCUCUGGUUCGGGAAGCCGAUCGGAACCUGGCCUAUCCGAGCAGAGCAAGAAGCCAAUGCCUUCCUAUUAGUGAAGGAGAUAGGGGCCGGGGUAGAGAUUAAGCUGGGUUCCAAGAAGGUUUCCGACGGAACUGAUGAAUUUGUUUCAAACACUGUGCUGGCGGCGGAGAUUCAACGGGGAAUCGCGCAGCUUAUGGAUCCUUUGAAUCCGGUUAGGGAAAAGGCCAAAGAAUUGGGUGAAAAGAGCAGACUGGCACUAGCGGCGGAGGGCGGUUCGUCAUACACGUCCCUACGACGCUUUGUUCAAGAUGCAUUUCAUCACCAGCAAUAAAUUUGAUCAUUAAUAGCUAUCCAUUCUUGCUUAAUUUUUCCCACGGAUGUAUUCUAAUACUACUGUUUGGAUUGAGUGUUGAGGGGUUUUAAUAAUGGAAGUAUCGAAGGGUGUUGAGGGGUAUAAAAAGUGUUAGAGAACACCUUUGGAUAGAGAGGAAUUUGAUCAGCUAAUUUUCUUCUUGGAUCAAUUUACGUGGCAUCUUCUUCUCGUAAAUAGCAGUUUCAAUUGGAGAGAAAUUUGAGUUUUUGCUAUUCUUCUUCCUUUUUCUUUACUCCAGGAGGGGGUCGGGGCCAGGAGGGGGUCGGGGCCAACGGCUAAAACUCACUCAAUUGAGUUUCAAACCCUUAUGUGUCUAGCGGGUUUCGAACUCGAGACCUUCCAAUUGGCAUCCAAUUAUUGAGACGGAGGAUGGAUUUAAG